GUUCUAUAACUUCGACUUGUGUUGAUAACUUGAAUAUAAUCAUUGAAUAUGGGAUCGUAUAAUUUAAAAGAUGCUGAUGAACUUCAUGAAUAUUUAAAAAAUCUUCAUAUAGAAUACCAAUUUGGUUGUUUAAGCGAGAAAAACCCUGAAGUUUGCCAUCUUUUGGGUGACUAUAAUGAAGCUAUUAAGCAAGAUUAUCCGGAGGCAUUAAAAGUGUUUAAAAACAAUUGUGAUGAACACAAUUAUGCAAGAAGUUGUACAAAAUACGGCGAUUACCGAGUAAUGGGUACAGCAUGCCAAAAAGAUCCCGUAGAGGCAUUCAAAUAUAUGCAAAAAGGAUGUGAUCUUGGAGAUACAAGAGGUUGCCUUCACGCAGGUACUUUGGCAGUAUCUCAAGAAGAGCUUAACCUAGAUAGAAAUUCUCAAAUUUCACUUGGCAUGAAGCUAUUGAAAAAAGCUUGUGAUUCUAAUGAAGAAAAAGCAUGCUUUUAUUUGUCAGGCAUUUUCUUAAGUGGUAUUGAAGGAUAUGUAAGCAAAAAUCAGAAAGAGGCAUACGUACUCUCAUUAAAGUGUUGUGAAUUAAAGAACCCCUAUGCUUGUGCCAAUGUAUCGAUAAUGCACAAAAAGGGUGAUGGUGUACAACAAAAUGACGAGUUAGCAAAAUCCUUUAAAACACGAGCUGAAGAAUUGCUACAAGAAAUCAAAGUACAAAAAAGACCAUUGCGAUUUCAUCAGGGCAUUGAUCGAUGGUGCAAGAUACCUACCGUGCAAGGGAGUAUUUUAAAUGCCAUCGAGCGUAUUAUUGAUUAUUCGUCUCUCUCUCCACUCUUCUCACACAAGCUCUUUCUAGCAGCCCCCUCCUACAUUUUCGAAGUCUCCCCUCUUGGCACUGGCUGUAGCCGCUAUAGACAAAGCUGGUUUAAAGGCCGGUGGCCGGUUUGUCAGCGUACCAGAAAGACCAUGCGGUGCUACCUGUUCACUUCGAGCUACGCCAUCGCGGUUAUACUUGCCGUCACGUUCCUUGGCCAUAGUGCCCUGGUGGUGGCCAACGAACUAUCGAAUACUGUGGUGGAUGUGGGAGUUUAUUACGAAUCGUUAUGCCCGGACAGCAUACGGUGGAUCAAGCAGCAGCUAAUGCCAAAUUACGAUACAUUACAGAAUUACAUCAACGUCACUUUCGUUCCCUAUGGGAAAGCAUCGUACCGACAGGAUAGCGAUACGCAGCAGUGGCAUUUCACCUGUCAACACGGGCCAGAAGAGUGCAAUGGGAACAAGGCUCAAGCAUGCGGUAUUUAUGCGAUUCAAAACGAGGAAUCGGCUAAUAAAGUUCAACAACUCAGCGUGGCUUUAGUCGGUUGCGUAAUGUCCUCACGAUUCCCGCCGUCAUCCGUUCCACAGUGCGCUCAGAAUUUAGGAUUACACGACAAUACCCUAACGAGCAUCAACAAGUGUAUCGAGGGACCUAAAUCCAACGAAUUGCUGGUCUUACACGGAAAGGCAACGCAAAAUUUGAAUCCAAGUCUCUCUUUCGUCCCAACGAUCACAAUCAAUGGAGUUAACUCGCAGGAGAUUCAAAACAAGGCACAGAAUAAUUUCUUUAAACUAAUUUGCGAUACACUGGCGGAGGGGGCGAAACCGUCGCAGUGCAGCACAGCUUGAAAAUAACCGAUUGCUUAACCCUUUCGUCACUAAAAGAUCUCUGUAGUGGGUCACACUGCUUUUUAUACAAAGCUUGUUGCAGCGUGUCAUCGCUACAAUCCGCGUGAGAGGUCACUGUAGUAGGUUAACGACAAGCUCGAUAAAUAAAAAAGAAAGAA